AUGCCGGGGCCGCGCGCCCCGGGGGAGCCUCGCGGGCGCGGGGAGCGCCAGGCGCUGCUGGGGCGCGGGCCGCGGGGCCCCGGGCGGCGGACGGCGGCGGGCGCGGUGCUGCUGGUGCAGGCGCUGGAGCGCGCGGCCUUCUUCGGCGUCGCGGGCAACCUGGUGCUCUACCUCAACGCCAGCUUCCACUGGGCGGGCGAGCAGGCGUCCCGCGCGGCACUCGUCUUCCUGGGCGCGUCCUACCUGCUGGCGCCCGUGGGCGGCUGGCUGGCCGACGUGUACCUGGGCCGCUUCCGAGCCAUCGCGCUCAGCCUGCUGCUCUACCUGGUGGCCUGCGGCCUGCUGCCCGCCACCGCCGUCCCCGACGGCCGCCGCUCCUUCUGCGGGGAGGUGCCCCAGGCGCCCAUCACGCCCGCCUGCCCCGCGCCCGGCUGCCCGCGCCCCGCGCCCGCCCCGUACUGCGCGCCCACCCUCUACGUGGGGCUGCUGCUGCUCGCCCUGGCCGCCAGCUCCGUCAGGAGCAACCUCACCUCCUUCGGGGCCGACCAGGUGAUGGGUCUUGGGCGCCAUGCCAACCGCCGCUUCUUCAACUGGUUUUACUGGAGCAUCAACGCGGGCGCGGUGCUGUCGCUGCUGGUGGUGGCCUUUGUCCAGCAGAACAUCAGCUUCCUGGUGGGCUACAGUCUCCCCGUGGGCUGCGUGGGCCUGGCCUUCGUCAUCUUCCUCUUCGCCACCCCCAUCUUCAUCACCAAGCCCCCCGAGGGCAGCCAAGUGUCUUCCAUGCUCAAACUGGCCCUCCAGAACUGCUGUCCCCGGCUGUGGUGCCCCCACGCUGCCAGAGAGCCUGAAGGGGCCCAGCUGCUGCCUGAGCAGAGGCCGCCCCAGCCUGGCGCUUCCCCCCAGCAGGACAUCGCCAACUUCCGGGGGCUGGUGAGGCUCCUGCCCAUCAUGGUGACCCUGGUGCCCUACUGGAUGGUGUACUUCCAGAUGCAGUCCACGUACGUCCUCCAAGGCCUUCACCUCCACAUCCCGAGCAUUUUCCCAAACUACCCCAGCAACAACUCGGGGGCGCGGGGAGCCCCGGCCGGCGGCUACAAGAUCCCGGAGGCCUGGCUCCUCCUGGCCAACGUGGUGGUGCUGCUGAUCCUGGUGCCCGUGAAGGACCGCCUGCUGGACCCCUGCCUCCUGCGGUGCCAGCUGCUCCCCUCGGCUCUGCAGAAGAUGGCGCUGGGCAUGCUCUUCGGUUUUGCCUCCGUCGUCGUGGCAGGAUUGCUGGAGAUGAAGCGCCUAGAAUACAUCCAUCACAACCAGACGGUGCCCCAGCAGAUCGGGGACAGCGUGUACUACGCGGCGCCCCUGUCCAUCUGGUGGCAGACCCCCCAGUACCUGCUCAUCGGCAUCAGUGAGAUGUUUGCCAGCAUCCCAGGCCUGGAGUUCGCGUACUCGGAGGCCCCGCGCUCCAUGCAGGGCGCCCUCAUGGGCAUCUUCUUCUCCCUGUCGGGGGUGGGCUCACUGCUGGGCUCCAGCCUGGUGGCCCUGCUGUCCCUGCCCAGGGGCUGGCUACACUGCCCCGAGGACCAUGGGAACAUCAACAACUGCCGGUUGGACCUGUACUUCUUCCUGCUGGCCGGCAUCCAGGUGGCCGCGGCCCUGCUGUUCGUGUGGAUCGCUGGUCGCUAUGAGAGGGCAGCGCAGGGCCCCGCCUCCCAGAGCGACUCCAACAGGGACAGGGGCUGACACGCGCCCCCCCGCCCCCCCAGGGCCCCGGACAGA